AUGGCGUCCAUGGGGAAGAAGCAGAAGCAGGUGGCGGCGACGCUGAUGCUGGCGCUGGUGGUGCUGGCGGCGGCGCCGGGCGGGGCACGCGCGGCGUGCCAGGCGUCGCAGCUGGCGGUGUGCGCUUCGGCCAUCCUGUCCGGGGCCAAGCCGAGCGGCGAGUGCUGCGGCAACCUGCGGGCGCAGCAGGGGUGCUUCUGCCAGUACGCCAAGGACCCCAACUACGGGCAGUACAUCCGCAGCCCCCACGCGCGCGACACCCUCCACUCCUGCGGCCUCGCCGUCCCGCACUGCUAG